AGAAGAAGAAGAGGAAGAAGUCCCAUUGUCGGUCACGUGACCCUGUUACAUUUUGCUCCUGCUGCUUCACCGUGGUGCUGAAAAGUCGCUGCUUUCGUACAUUUCCGUUUGAAUUAAACCACAAGGAUGGAGAUUGGAACAGAGAUCAGCAAGAAAAUAAGAGUGAGUAAAAUAAUGAUCAAAUCCUAAUGAAUUUGCAUAAGAAUUGAGGCUUCCUUAAGGUUGUUUUUGCAAAGACCUCCUAGCUAAAAUUAGCUUGCGAACAUACCCAUAUAGAUGAACACAAUGGCAGCUGGGUUUUUGUUUACAACACCGAGGAAGGGGUUACUUUGUAGUCUAGUCAGUAAGUAGCUCUACUUGCAUGGUAACAGCUUCUUUCAGCAGAAUCUGUCAAAGUAAACACGUAGAUCAUGUGGUAUCUACUUCUGAAAAUGAAUGACACUUAACGCAGCCAGGAUCCUGAGGUCAUCUGGCAUAAACAUCUCAUGUCUAACCUCUGUUUGUUCUGUUUCAGGCUGCUAUCAAGGGCAAACUACAGGAACUCGGUGCAUAUAUUGGUGGGUGACUUUAAUGCAGCUGUUUGUUGCCGCAGCUGCCUUUUCUAAUCUAACUAAACACGCUGUUUGUGGUUUAUGUCUGUCGUUUUAGACGAAGAGCUACCUGACUACAUCAUGGUGAUGGUUGCAAACAAAAAAACCUCCCAGCAGAUGGCAGAUGACCUUUCUCUAUUUCUUGGAAACAAUACAAUCAAAUUUACAGCUUGGUAUGAUCAUAUUUUAAACUUAUGUGACUAACACCAACCAGCCAAAACACUACGGACACAUUGGUGAUCUGUUCUUUUGCUCUUCAUAUUCUCUUCAGGAGGCUUGGAUAUUUUCAGCAUUUGUUGACAUAAUUGUUCCUGAUAUUUAUCAUUGAAGGUAUAGUGGAUGGUGGGGGUAUAUUUAAGUGUUAUUUAUUGAAAAUGGUUCCUUACCUUAUACCAAAAUAAUAGGCACACCUGUUAAAGUUAUGCACUCCAUCAUAACACCAACACACAAUACAACUUCAACAAAUAUUUUUAAAACCACUUGUCACCUGCUUGACCAUGUCAACAAAAAUUGAAAGUGGAAACGCUUUCUCACAGUAGAACUUGUUGUAGAUCUGUAUUAUAUUAUUGCAUUAGAUCACCCAGGUGUUCAAUGUUAUGGCCGGUUGGUGUAUAUAUGCCCUUUCCCCAAUAACCCAGUAAGUCCCAGCCAUAGACUGUAUAUACUAUGGACAACUUGGUUCCGCCUUCUGCCUGUAUACAGAUUUGAAGCCAAAAAGCUCUCGGAAUUUCCAGGAUUUUUCUUCAUUUCCUGAAACCAGCAUUGCGCAGUAGCAUUGUACGCAUUCGGCAGGAGAGUCGUGGAGAGUCGCUGUGAUGAUGCUUGGCUCAAACAGCGUAACCCCCGAGUGAGCUAGGCAAUCCCUGAACACCAAUAGGUAUCAGGUAUCAAUCAAAGACAACAUGAACCUCCCAAUAAAUUUUUAAAUACGGAGCUUCACAGAAAAAAGAGGACUUGAACACAAACCAGUCUUACUGUAACUACAUGUCAACACCGCAAGCAGGGGGGAGAAAAAUUUAUGUUCUGUGUAAUAAAUUUUUAAAGUUUGUCCACAGCUCCAUAAGCUUUGCUGGCAGAGGUGCGAUUUAUGACCUAUACUGCAGGCCUUAAACAGAGGGUGGCUUCACCCAGCAAGGAGGCAGAUGCUGUCCAUUUUUUAUACAAUCUAUGGUCCCAACACUACUAUCUUCUCUACCCAUAAUGCAUGCUUGUUGAUUGAUUUCAGGUUACAAGGCGUCCUUGAGAAGUUAAGAACUGUUGCAGUUGGUAAGUUAGACUCUGUUGAAUGCCUUUCAUAUUUCCUACAGUUCUUGAUCACCUGACAUAGAAAAAAAUGUGCAUGUACUUGCUGGUGGCAUGUGGGUUGAAAAUAUUCGCUUAUGAUUUAUUUUUCAUCUUCCACGCAUGUACUUGCUUGUUACAGAGCCAGCACUCUUGAGACAUCAGCUCCAGUCUGACGGCAGUGCUGUGGCAGGUAGGAGUAGAUCGUCUACCAGUGAUGAUGGCAGGACAGAGGAGUUGAAGGUGCUGACGGUUUCAAGUUCACGCUCUGAUCGGACUGAUGCACGAGUGUCCAGCUCUGCCCAUGAAAGCAGGUGAUAGUCUCGAAAUACUGUUUUUGUCUUUGUGUGCUGUUUACAUGUACAAGCAAAUGAAAACAUACUUAUCUGCAUUGUUUGUUCCAAGGGGCGGAACCAUCGAGAAGAAUUCCUCUCGUCUUACCUCCACUGUUAAGCCUCUCAUGGAGCUGCUUCCCUCAGAUGCUGUGAUUGAUAUCAAACCAGAGAUGGAUGAUGACCUCAUAGCAGAAGACCCAGUAGAAAUAGCCCCCAACCAAGGCAGAACACGUGUUGCAGCUUGUAGACCCACAGCUGAGCUCUUCAGACCUAGUCACAGCAACACAUAUCGACAUGUUGAAGGGUCUGCUCACAUCAGGCAGCAGGAUCCCAGAGGGAGCAGAACCUCCAGAACUGGAUCCAGUAAGGUACAGUGAUUUGAUAAAAGCAUAGUUGGUCUUAUUUUUAAGCAAGGAUUUCCCACUUCCUGUUGACAAAAUGUGGAAAAUUUAAGGUCACAGAAACAUCUGAUUUUCUGUUUUACCAGGAGGAGUUGUCACGAAAGCGUAAAGCGCCAGUUGCAAGUUCAGUGGUGCGAGUGAACAGAGUGGCAGAUGAAGACAGCGAUGACGAUGUGGAAGAGGAGGACUCAGGCUACGGAGGGAGAGGCCUGUCAAGCAGAGUGUCCCUGCCCUCCAAACCAGAACGCAAGUAAGAGUUCAGACCUCAUUUAAUAUUUGGAACAUGGUGGGGUGCACAAAUGCAGAGUAGAGAGUAAAUCGGGAGUUUACAGUUUGAAAAUUGUGAUUAUUUUUGUGCUUUCUAUUGUUUCAGACCUACUCUUCCACCGGCAAAGCAAGCCAAUAGGAACCUGAUACUAAAGGCCAUCUCUGAGGCUCAAGACUCCAUCACCAAAACCACAGCCUUCCCCACAAGUAUAUCCCAGCUAUUAAACUAUAAACAUCUAAGUUUUCUCAGUCAGUGAUUUUAAACUAAUCUGUUUAACAGGCACCUAAAACUACGAUCUACAAACUACAAUUUUACCACAGAGGUCGUGAGCCUGUAUGCAUGUUUAAGCCAAAAUUGAUUGUAAUCAGACAUCGUUGGCUUCAUACAAAUUUCUUGCUAUUCUUUCUUUUAUGGGUUAGCAUUUAUACAUUUUUUUGUUAUCUGCUGUUUUUUAUGUCUACAACCUGUAUUUUAAACUCCCUUCUCAUUGUGUCUUUUUUGUGUGUAUCUCUGUCAAGACAAAUGUUGUUCAACUAAUAGUUAUUCAUUAUAAAAAAAAAAAAAACAGUACCACAGAGGCAGACAGUUCCUGUGGCCCCUCGUACCCGCCUGGCCAGCACUGAAGAGAUGACUGCAGCCAUCCAGCUUGUCCAAGAACAUCUCCACAGUCUGGCACCCAGGGUUCAGGCCUAUACGUCCACAGAGCUACCUCCAAGCAGACCACCUGGUAUGUGAAGUGUGUUAUCACUGCAUCAUAUGAAAGAAGUUUUCAGAGCACCGCUUUUAAUAAUCCUUCCUGGUGUCUUAAGGUCUAAAUCACAGUUAACAUACCAUCUAAUGGUCUAAUAUAAAUGUAUCUCACACAGUAUUUUAAUAUGUUUAGACAAGAAGCACAUGGCUGGACUGGAAAAUAUACUGUGUAACAUUCAUUAAAUGUACCUAAAGUAAGUCUGUGCAUAGCUUUACACAUACAAAAAAAUCUUGGUAUUAAAAAUCAGCACUGGAUUCAUUAUGGAAAACUCCGAUUUUAGGCACUUCUGAAUGUUUAUAAAAGCCAUUCAGCUAUUAAUCAAAAGCACUCUUCUGCUCAGUGACAACUUGUGUACAUCCUCGUCUGUGAUUAGCCAAUGACCUCCAUAUAAGAAGGUGUGAAUACGUGCGUCCUGUAGAUUUCUGAGCACAGCGCAGAUAAAGACAGAGACAGAGAAACUAUUGAGAUUCAGAAAUUUGUGUUAUUUGGGGAGCUAAGAAAAAAGUUUGAUUAGCUCAUUUAUGUAGUUGAUGUACACUGUUGAUGUGCAAUACACCGGUCAGAGGCCCAAUCCCAAACCGCUCCCUACACACCAGCCCUACACACUUCCCCUCCGUUUGCACAUCCCCGCUCCACCAUAUUGAAGGCCUUUCCAAACCACAGAGUGAGGAGGGCGAGUGGAUCGUUCGGCCCUUAAAAAGCGUGCCUGCACCAGUGCACACUUAAGGUAGGAUUUGCAGGUAGUGCGCGGGCAAAAAUUGAGGAGGAGGAAACAACAUACAAAUAUUAGUUCUUUAUGUGUCCACCUUUGUCUCACUGAAAACAAAAUCACAAAAGAAGUGGUUUGGAGAGAUCAAACGGAAGUCAGAAAUUUUACUCUGUGCUGAGGUUUGAUUUGAUUGUGCAUGCAUACAUCAGAUAGUAAAGGAGUUCAAAGAUACGUGGAAUCACUAAUAAUCAGAAGUAUAAUUUCGCUCCUGUCACUGUAAUGGUGCUGGAUUUAUGAUUUCACUGGGACAAUAAAAAAACGAGGCUGCCAGUGUGGCUCAGAACUGUACAUGAUGCCCGAUACCCUUAGUGAAGAAAUGCUGCCAUGCACAGGAAGUGUCUUUAUGUUGCUAUGGCAAUGGAUCUUUCCGUUUUCCGGUGGAGUGAGGGGGGUGUCCCAUACCCACCCGUCUUGUUUAUACCCUCUCAUUUCAACUGAGGCGCACUCCACAGCUGAGAGUGUAACUUCAUUACGAGAGACACUCGGUAGUGAAGGGCGAGUGUGUAGGGGGCGGUUUGGGAUUGGGCCAGAGUCUCUGUGUGAUCAUCAUUAUAAGCCAGCUCUCAUAGUGUGUAGUAAAGCAGUGGAGUCUGAAGCUAACCCAUGUCUCCUGUUGAAAGGUUGGGCCUCUAAAUGAAACACAUGUAAAGAGCCCAUCAGCGCUCCAUACAUGUAAUUUUGUAAAAAGUUUAUAAUAAUAAUAAGUCUGGUAUUUCACUGGUAAAUAUUUGAAGUAGUAAAAGUCUUUUUGUAAAAAAUAUAAAAACACUUUUCUGUUACUUUUCCUCCCAGCUCCAGCAAGAUCUUUGGCUUCUCGCCUCCAGUUGGACUUGGCAGAAAGUACUGUUGGGGCAGACCAGAGCGAAUAUGGUGAGUAUUUUUGCUGAAGUUGAACUUUUCUUGGGCAACUUUGGAAACAAUAACUAUCUUUUACACAUCUUUAUUCCCCUUGGGGCAUGUUAAUCUGUCUGUCUUAUGUAAAUAUCUUACCUGUGCUUUAGGGAUGCAUUAAACAUCUGUGUGUGUGAUGUUCCCUCCAGGUGUUGUCGUUGCUGCAGGCAGUGAAGCAAAGCCGUUUGAUACCCGCUCCUUUAUAGUGAGUCAACCACAAGUGCAAGGACCUACUGCCAAGAGUCAGCAGCGUCUUCUUGUCAGAGAGGAUGCUCAGACAGCUUUACCACGCACUGUCCAGACCAGGUACACGCACGAACGCACACACACACAAGAUGGUUACUGUCAGAUUAGUGUGUGACAUAUUUGAUUUUUUUUAAUGUGUUUUAUCAUCACCAUUCUGCCCUGGAUUUUCUUCAUCAACCAGUAAGGAUAUUGGAGACUCAGCCAGCCCGAAGUUCAUCGUGACGUUAGACGGAGUACCAAGCCCGAUGGGGACUUAUGCAGAUUGUGAGAUGGACCUGGAUGAAGUGAGACCACCCACGAAAGUUACAGAGGGGACUGUCAACAUGAACAGGGAGCCCAAAGUCAGCAUCCUUCACAGGCUACAAGGAGGAUUCACAUCAGCUGAUGGUGAUGCUUCAUGCUGUUUUCAUAGCACAGAUAAAUCUCUGGUAGAAAAUUCUUAAGCAAAGGGUUGUGUUUUUUUUUUUUUAAUUGAAGCUGUUGUGUUUUUCAUCCCUCAUCCCUCUUCUUCAUCAUGAUCUCCGGUCGGUCAGAUGAUGUGAUGGAUGUUGACAUAGGGGAGGAUAAUGCUGUCCCUUCAAAGAAACAAAAAGUGAUGGAGCGCUGUAAGUUCUGGCCGGUCUGUAAAAGUGGAGAUGAGUGUUUGUAUCAUCACCCCACAGCACAGUGCAAGUGAGUGUGUUUGUUACUUUACUAAAUGACGAGAGAUCUCAGAACCCUCUGCAAUGUUGCAGUUAUUAACAAUUAAUGUUUUUUCUUCCAGGACUUUUCCAAGCUGCAAGUUUGGGGAUAAAUGCCUUUUUGUCCAUCCUAAUUGUAAAUAUGAUGCCAGGUGCUCUAAGCCAGACUGUCCGUUCACACAUGUCAGCCGCCGAAGCACAGCUGGCCCUCCUCCAAGGCCAGGUACUCUCUCAUUAAUAAAAUCUUGUAGAUUGUAUUAGUGUCUGUAUUACAUUGCAGUAAUGAACUGUGUCCACUAACUUCAGUACCCUACUUUUUAUACAAAAGUUGUGGGGUCCAGUGUUUUCAGCACUGAGGGUUUGCUCUUUUUUGUUACCCACAGCACUCUCAGUUAAAAAUAGUUCCACAUUUUGAAAACCGCCAAGCGGUCUGUGUCAGUAUCACUUUUUGACCACAGACCAAUCAAAAUUAAGAGGGGGUGGGGCUUCUCAUAUCAACUUUGAAAAAAUCAGAGGCAGCAGUCAACACAGACCAACCGCACUGGAGUAGUACCCACUUUUUGGGGGAUAUAUUCUCCAGGUGUCGAGCUGACACUUAUGUUAAGACAGGACUUUAAUCAAUUGCUUUUACAUUUGCUCGAUACAAUUUCUUCAACUAAAAGCAAAUAUGAAGCAUACAGUUGAUUUAUAAACAGACUUAUUGGUCACUGCUAAGGGAAGCAAGCACAUAAAGGGACAAGUGGUUAAGAAACGGCUUUAAAAAAACAACAGUAUAAUACUAUUUUUAUUUUCUGCCCUUUUUUUAGAGCCUCUUUACAAUGAAAGACACCAGCUUUUUGAAUUGGACAACAGGGGUUCAAAACUAAAAAUACACAACAGUUAGAGUUCACCCAUGAACCAUAAGGAUUUUCUGGAAUUGCUCCUACUGUGAAACAAUAUUGACAAGUCUUGACAGAUUAGAAUAUUAUGGCUCCAAAUUGUAUAAUCUACAUUGCGUGACCCUAUAAGCGGCCGUGAUGAGCACAAAGUUUUUAAAAAGUGUAUUGAUUAGCAGAUGUGUGUUUUCUUUUUUCAUAAGGUGGUAAUAUCUUUAUUUCUAUCCUGACUUAAUUGUGUUCACAGCAGUGCAGCCAGUCCAAUCCACAACAGUGUGUCGCUUUUUCCCAGAGUGCAAGAAAAUGGACUGCCCUUUUUAUCAUCCGAAGGUAAAACCCUCUGAAAUGUAUAGGCAGAGCUUCAACACAGAAAUGGUGGUUUUAAUGCAGAAAGAUAAAGGGAGAGUGCAUCGUUUUUUAAAGUUGCCUAUGCAUUGAAAUCUAUUUUCCCCAUGAGAGUUGUUCUGCACAAUCCCUGACGUUUCACAUUUUGUUCCUGUCAUUUGCAGCCGUGUCGCUUUGCAGGGCAGUGCAAACGAACUGGUUGCACAUUCUACCACCCCAGCGUGUCUGUGCCACCCAGACAUGCUCUGAAGUGGACGAAAGCACAGAGCAGGUAAAAAGUCUGAGGUGUAGAAUAAGAACCCAUAAAAGGUUGAAAAAUACUUUAACAGGAGCUAGAAUAUUAUUGUCAGUCUUUUAUUUUCAAAUUUGAUCAUAAAACUAUUUUGUGAUUGUCACCACAUUAUAAAGACAUAUUUAAAGUGUAGCUUAUUCAUUAAUUUUGACUGGCCUCAAAUGCUGUUUAUCUUUAUCUUUUAUAGCUAAUGAAGUCCUGACUGCAGUCUGAUGGCGUGAGCAAAGUGAAGCUUCAGAGAAUGAUUUGUAAACCUGCCUAUAAAUUGUCAUUUUGAUAUUUCCUUGUUUUCUUUCUGUUUUACUUUUUGUUUAAGAAAAUGAUUUUUAUGAAGUGUUUUAAACGUUUGUGUUUUCCUGUUACCCUCAGAAUAUUAAAAAUGACAUUUUAUAGAAAAAUUGUUUGUGAACUUUACAUUAAUCUGAUCUUGUGGUUUGUCUCAGGGUUUAGAUAAUGUUUGUUAACUGACAUAUGAGUCAUACAUGACCACUGUUUUCAAAGCAGUAACCCAGUGAAUGAAGACUUGUUCUCAUGUGCAGUGACUUAUAGUGGAUGAUAAUUCACAUGGAAACAAACAGCUAUGAUGUGUUAAAGGAGAGGGAGAUUUCUUUCUUUUUAAAAGUUUUAAAAGAUUUGCUUCAUUUACGUUAGAUAAUGAUGUUGAUGGUCCCAUAUUAAUUCCAAUGAGCUGUUGAAACUGAUUAAACCAUUUUAACUGUUUUCUACCAAUUUGUAGGGUCAGAAAGUCCAGGCUGGACUCAAAAAAUCCUUUCGAAGUUCAGAGUAUGUGAAAAAAAUACUUUUUAUGGCAUCCAUUCGUAGAGGUGAUGUGACUCUCUUAUAUACAGUGAAGAAGCUUUAAAACUCCCUCUUUAUUUCUUCAGCAUAGGAACAACUGCACUGAGCCCACCUCAUUCAGAACAGAAAAGGAAAGAUUAUACCGCCCUUCAACAGUUCGUUCCAGUAGCACAACAUUAUCUAUUGAGAAAAACAAAGAAUGUCGUUUAUAAGACAUUUAUUUUUAAAAAUCGGAAUACAAUGAAAGUGCCAAUGAAAAUUAUACCUUCAGAACCGGAGCAGUGUGAUAGUUCAUUGCUUUCAAGGUAGUACUUUACACUUAAAUACUGACUAUUUAUUUCUUAAAGUCGACGUCAAGCAAUACUAACAGUCAACAUGUACUUGGAAAUUAAAAUAAAAGCAAAAUUUUAUUCUCAUUUAAUCUCAUUUUAUCUGGAAUAUUGGCUGUAUCAGUGUCCUUUUACCACAAUUGUUUUUUAAAAAUUUUAGAUUUUUGUCUUCUCGGAGAGACAGGAAGAUUUUUUGAUGGUCUUCUAGGUCACCAAUCUGGAAAGAGACUGAUUACAGGCAUACUCUUCUUUGCUGUUGUAGAAUGGUCAAAUCUGCAACUAAACAGGAAAUUUAAAUUAAAAAAAAUGUACAUA